AUGGCGGACGGCGGCCUGUGCGAGCUCUUCUCCGACGACCGCGAAGUACGGCACGUCGCGGACGCCGACCUGUUCCGCAUCCUCGAGACGUGGGAGGAGUGCAUCAGUGGAGCAGGCGGCGGCGGCGGCGGCGGCGCUGCUGCUGCUGCCGGAGGUGUCGAUGACCAGGGUGCGGCCGGCGCCGGCGCAGGUGGUGCAAGGACCGCCGCAAACGGCCGGCGGAGGGAGGGCCGUGACGAGGAGAAAGGCGGCGGCGGCGGUCCUCCAGCUCAGAAGAGGCAAAAGGGGUCGUCGUCUGCGACGUCGUCUCUGGCGGCGCCGCCGGCGGCGGCAUGGGAGAACGAGGGUGGCGCGGCGAAGAUGUCGCACAUCACGGUGGAGCGCAACCGGAGGAAGCAGAUGAACGAGCACCUCGCCGUGCUGCGCUCGCUCAUGCCAUGCUUCUACGUCAAGAGGGGAGACCAAGCGUCAAUCAUAGGAGGAGUGGUGGAUUACAUCAAGGAGCUGCAGCAAGUGCUGCGCUCGCUGGAGGCCAAGAAGAACAGGAAGGCCUACGCCGACCAGGUGCUCAGCCCGCGGCCUCCGCCGCCACCGGCGGCGGCGGCGGCCGCGCUCAUGAUGAAGUCAACGCCUCCGAUCAGCCCGCGGCUUGCCGUGCCGAUAAGCCCCCGGACGCCGACGCCGGGCAGCCCGUACAAGCAUCCAGCAGCUGGCGGCGGUGGAGUCCGCCCGCCGCACCCGGCCGCCGCGACGUCAUCGUCCUCGGCGGCUUACAGCAUGUCUCCGGCCAUGACGCCCACUUCGUCCUCGUCUACGACGACGACACACGAGCUCUCGCCGCAGCUGCCGGCGCCGCUGCCGCCGUUCCUGCCCAUCCUCGACAGCCUCGUCACCGAGCUCGCCGCCCGCGGCAGGGCGCCGUUCCUGGGCGCCCCCGCCAUCGCCGACGGCGGCGUCCUCGUCCCCGGCGUGAAGGUGGAGUUCGCCGGGCCGAACCUGGUGCUGAAGACGGUGUCGCACCGCGCGCCGGGCCAGGCGCUCAAGAUCAUCGCCGCCCUGGAGAGCCUCUCGCUCGAGAUUCUCCACGUCAGCAUCAGCACCGUCGACGACACCACCGUCCUCUCCUUCACCAUCAAGAUUGGGAUCGAAUGCGAGCUGAGCGCAGAGGAGCUGGUGCAAGAAAUUCAGCAAACCUUCUUGUGACGUACUUACAUAUAUAUGCGUACGUACGUACAAUGCAGUGAC